CUCCAUAGCAACCAAUUACCAAAUUUACCUCGCCUUCUUUUCUCCUCUUCUUCUUCUUUCCCCUUUACCGUCCGGCCUCCACCAUGUCAGUGUAUUUCACUCAUCCUGUACGCUCGCCUUUAGAGGGGUCCGCAUUCAUCGACGUCUCCUGGCACUCUACCUAUUCUCUGUUAGCUGUACUGGCUGAAAGGAAAUCUCCCGAUCGCGGGAUGGUUUUCAUUUGUCAUGACGAGGGUGAAUUGAUUGCUGAUAUGUGUGUUGAGAGGUCUCAUUUAGCCGAAACGAUAAGCUGGCACCCAGAGAGGAAGAUACUAGCCAUUGGCUGGUCGUCUGGUGAAAUCACGACAUGCAACGCGUAUGAAAAUGAAAUAUUUUCAGUCUCAUCUCAUCAUCACAGCAAUGUUAACAUUAUAAGAUGGAGUCUAACUGGUAAUCACAUUAUUUCAGCUGAUAAGAGUGGUUUGGUAUUGUUAUGGCAGAUAGAGUCCAAGGGUGAGCUCUAUUCCAGUCCAGUCCAUCAGACUAAAGUAGCAGGUGUGGUCACUCACUGUGUUCUAUUAGGAGCUGAUCCUAAGUAAGACUAUAGCCCGUUUACACUAUGCCCUUAAAGCGGUUUGGAACUGGUUUAGAAAUAAAUCAGUUUAGUGUGGACAAUUUCAAUGUGGUUUGAAACUGACUUAUCUAAACCACCUCAGGAGGUGGUUUGAGAUAAUCAAACAGGUUUAAGUACUUUGAAGCAGCUGUGAUUCAACCACAGUUACAUGUGGACACAAUUAAGCUGGUUUCUGAACCGGUUUGAUCCAAACUGGUUUGUAGUGUAA